AUGAUGCAGAAAAUACUCCCUCUACACAGGCUCCUAUUAGGCGCAGCCUUGCUCGCGAUCUGCCUGCCGAUCAUCGUGUCAUCGUCGUCCUUCAGGGAAAGGCGGCACGUCGGCGUCGAGGAAUCUAGUCAUCGGCCGGGCAAAUCGUACACACCUGUCAGUCGUGGUUUUAAAUCAUCGACCAGCAGGGACAACGAGAUAACUACAGAGCCCGGAAGAAAAGUGUCGCACCGUCUAAUCGGAGGACACUUGAGAGUCGAUUCGAAGCAGGAAAGCGUCGAAACGAUCUGGGACGAUGGUAUCCUUCUGUCCUCCGCCGGAAACGGCAAGGAGUCCAGGCCGAAUCGCAAAGACGACGACGACGAGAAGAAAACGCUUUCUCAACAGGUGAAAGAAGGAAAGUACGGUCUCAUACAGAAUGAAAUCUACGCGAAUCGACCCAAGAGACCCGGAAUCAUCAGUUACCUCAGUAAUCCAGAGGUGCCGAAAGACACCAUCGAGAAUCUAGGCGGUUUAGACGAGGAUGAGAUCUGGCUGGCCGAGAACCACGUGCUGGUGUUGAGAGGCGGGAAAUUUCCUGGCCAUGAAACGACGCAAAGCAACGGGGAAAGUGAGAGGACCUGGCCGCCCAUCGACAACUACAAAGCGCCCAGAAGACAGGUCAAGAUCCCCUCAAGGCCGAAGGUACCGCCGCCCUUUCCGGUUCAGCUCACGGAAGGCGGACCGAUACAGAUCAUCGGACCGAACGGGACGAAAGAGAUCGGGAACGGUACCCUCGACUAUGGGAAAGACCACCCGUUAUUCAUGAAGAGUUUCCUAUCGGAGGAAGGCCCACUUUUCGCAAUUAUUUCCAACGGAACGGUCCUUAUGCCCAACGUGGAUAGCAACGGUACCUCCGAGGACAAUGAUAAGGGAACGAAGCCUGACCCUCUACCCGGAUUUCCGCCAUUUUACCACGCGAUACCGCCUGGCGCGGUGUUUGUACCACCUCCCAGUAAUCAGUCGGAUUACGACGAAGAGGAUCAGUCGAUUUAUUAUCCCCCGCCAUACAGUUUUCAAUAUCAACAGGAUAAUACCACGGCAGUUCCACCUGGUCCUCUGGUUCCAGGGAUCAUCCUGCCGCCCCCGCCAGAUUUUUUCUCUCCUCUUGAAGACAAGAAGACCACAACGAAGAAGUACACGAAACGUCCUGGAACCACCCCCGUGCCCAGGCAAAGACCAACGUAUCUACCGCCGAGGAAACUGACGACAAAAUAUAAGACCACAACCACUCCGCCAGUCACAAAGCCAAGAUCAUCGGUGAAUUUAUCAGCCAGCUCGAAGACGUACAAAACAACAACGACGUACAAAAAUCUAACCGCUACGACACCCAUUAGUGUCACUACUGUCCCAUAUGUAGAGGUCACGACGCCCACACCAGAUAAACCGACAACCCUCGAUAACCCCAAGUACUACAACAUCCAGCCAAUACUAGAGAACCAAGUGACUAAUCAAGAGAUCGUCCAAGCGAAGAACGAGGCCUGGUCCGGCACAGUGACCAGCAAAACGCUUCCCAUAUUGUCCUACCACACGUCGACCCAGUCCACUCUGGAGAAACCGAUAGAGGUUACACCAGCUUCCAUAAAGCGUAUCGUUACAACCGGCAGCCCCGAACGAUCACCCAGCCAGGCGUCCUAUUACUUUUACGAGGAAUCGAACGAACCCACCGUCACCACCGCCGAUCCGUCGAUUUAUUUCAAAACAACAACGGAAUCGCCUUUCUACGAGACGGUGACCCAAUCGCGUUCGGUCGACAAGAAAAAGCAGUUCUACAGCGUGGAGACCGUGCCGUCGCAAGAAACAUCGAAAGACUACAGCGUUAAAUACAUCGACACCGUGGUGAAAAACUCCGAGCCGGUACGUUACAGCGACUCGGUCACGCGAACAUCGUUGACUAGGUCCCAGGGUCAGCGAAUGCUACCGGAUCGGGCGCCGCCGCUUUAUUAUCAAACGAUAUCCACACGUCCACCAGCGCAACCGUAUUACACGACACCACGACCACAAACGUAUUACAGACAAGAUAAACCGAAGCCGAUCUAUCAGUACAGCUUCGAGACGGCGGAUUACACGAAGCGCGGUGGUACCGAUCAGAGACAGUUCGAGCAACACCAGACCGUGCCCUACAAUGAUUAUCAAGACGUUAAGAUCCCCAGUUUCAACGGGCCACGUUACGAUUACGAGCAGAACGAACCGACGAAACGGAUAAGACCCCAGAGUCUACCCUACAAAAGCCAACAACCGAUUUAUCCAUCGACCAUGAUCAAUUCGGCGAUAAACACCACGCCGAAUCCUCAUCUGGCCUAUUAUACUCAACAAGACGAGAAGCUGCUGGACGACGUGACGAAAGAAUACUUCACGAUCUUCGGCAAGAAGAUACCGCACAAGGGUAUACCAAGCACGACACCGAUCUAUGGAAAAUCGACGGAAAGACCGGAGUACAACGUGAACAGUUACGUCGAGAAUAAUUACAACACACCCGAGCCACCGGUGUUCAAGACGCCUAACGUCAAAGUGCACUACGGCGAUCAGUCUCAACGACCGUAUUCUCUGAAGGACGAUAUCCUGGUGAAUUACAGACAACCCUUGCCGCCUAUCAACCCGGACAGCGAGUUCAUCACGGUGGUUAAUCCGAAUUCACAACAGCCACCGAAUUAUAGGAUGUCGAGUAGAGACGGUCAACCUUUGGCGCCGAUUCGUGCUUAUCCGAGUCAGCAAUUGAUCAACCAGAGGAACGGUCCGUCGACGAAUUACGUGCCGAUAGCGGAAUAUCCCGAAGAGAUCGACGAAUCGUAUCCCGAGUUACCGAUAUCACUGGAAGACGAUAUCAAAGUGAACUACCGCGAUCCACGGCCGACAAUCAAUCCCGACGCCGAAUUCAUCGAUCCGAAUCCUGUACCGGAGAACCAGUCGGAGAAGCCGAAGGCCUAUUUCGCUUACAGACUGCCAGGUGACAGCGGUCACUUUUACUUCCUGACGCCGCAGGCGGUCACGCAGAGGCCGGAACGGAACGCGGGUCACAUUUACGCGAAAUCGAGGGGGCCGAGACCGCGGAUACGUCGCCGGCGACCCGGCAAUGUCUGAUCUUUCUUUGCCAUAUAAAGUCCGGUACGCGUUUGAAAAUCUUGUGCUCGACUAAACAGUUGUAAAUCUAGAACAGAGUAACUCGAACGGGGUCUGGAAAAGCUCGAGACCAGUGAUUUAGAAGAUCUAUCGAAAGAGUCCUACUGACAUUGUA